UGUUCAAUCUGAAAGAUAAAAUCCCUCCCAGUCCGUAUUCUUCACUGGCAGGCUAUCAGUGUGGGGGACUCUGUGUUACAAUGUUACCAUUAUCCAUCAAAGAUGACGAAUACAAGCCUACGAAAUUCAACCUCCUUGCCAAGAUAUCUGGAUGGUUUAGAUCCAUUCUGUCGGACAAAACAUCACGAAACCUCUUCUUUUUCCUGUGUCUGAAUCUGUCCUUCGCCUUUGUUGAGCUGUUGUACGGCAUAUGGAGCAACAGUUUAGGGUUGAUAUCAGAUUCCUUUCACAUGUUCUUUGACUGCACGGCCCUCCUCGCGGGACUGGCAGCCUCUGUGAUAUCCAGGUGGCGGUCCAAUGACGCCUUCUCAUACGGGUACGUGAGAGCGGAGGUGCUGGCUGGGUUUGUCAACGGCCUCUUCCUCAUCUUCACUGCCUUCUUCAUCUUCUCAGAAGGAGUAGAGAGGGCGCUGGAACCUCCAGACGUUCACCACGACCGUCUGCUGCCGGUGUCCAUCGCUGGGUUGCUGGUCAACCUGGUGGGCAUCUUUGUGUUCCAGCACGGAGGCCAUGGCCACUCGCACGGUGGGGAUGAAGGACACGGUCACAGCCACUCUCUGUUCAAUGGCAGUGUCGGUCAUGGACACAGCCAUGGCGGUCACGGUCACAGCCACGGGUCCAAACACGGCCAUGACCACGGGCACGACCACGGGCAUGACCACGGGCAUGACCACGGGCACGACCAUGGGCAUGGCGGGCACGGGCACUCGCACGACGACCUGCAGUGUCACGAUGAUCAUACACCAGGAAAAGGAUCCAGCAGACAGAUAUUGGAAGGGGUGUUCCUGCACAUCGUGGCCGACACGCUGGGCAGCGUCGGCGUCAUCAUCUCCGCCCUCCUGAUGCAGAAGUACGACCUGAUGAUCGCCGACCCCAUCUGCUCCAUGCUCAUCUCCAUCCUCAUCGGAGUCAGUGUGGUUCCUUUACUGAGGGAGUCCAUUGGGAUUCUGAUGCAGCGGACUCCUCCCACACUUGACCAGGCCCUUCCAGAGUGUUACCAGAGGGUACAGCAGUUGCAGGGUGUGUAUAACCUGCAGGAGCCCCACUUCUGGACGCUGUGCACGGACGUCUACAUCGGAACACUCAAACUGCUGGUUGCCCCGGAUGCCGACGCCCGCUGGAUCCUGAGCCAAACGCACAAUAUUUUCACACAGGUUGGGGUCCGGCAGCUCUACGUUCAGAUAGAUGUCGCAGCGAUGUAGCGCCUGGACUCUUCUCUCUCUGGGCAUCCUGGGACCAAAGCCUUCUGUGCUGCUGUGGGGGGAGCCUCUGCUAACCCCAAACUGCUCUAACUCCCGAAUCUGGGACCAAGAUGGUAGCAGCUACUCAACUCUCUCACCAGGAAGUAAAACGGAAACAAAAAAAGGAAAGGAACUUGCCAGUAAUGUGACGUUUAUGGAAAUCAAGGUGAACCUUCUCACCCGUUGCCAAAACUGCUCCUCCCCCUGGACGAUCAUGGAUAUUAUUUUUUGUCAUCUUUUUUAUUUUUAUAAAUAUUGUGAAUACUUUUCUCCUCCCUGCCAUCAAGGUUUUAAAGUCGUUCCCUGGAGUCAAUGUGGACACACUGGGCAGUUACUGAAAUCCUAAAAGAGUCAUCAGCUCAGUCUCUUUCAUUUUAUGUCAGCCUACGAUACCAUCGUGCAAAAACCGUAAGGGAAUAAAUUCUAAUUGGCUGUGUUAUUGCACUUUGUGGACUUCUUGAGCCAAAUAGUAUUUCUUGGUUUCCAAAGUGCCUUUUAAAUAAAUCAUGGACAAUCUCUGAUUUACCUAUGUGUGUCAGUAUGGAGUCCAUCUGUAGAUGUUACGAGCUGGACAGAAGCCCUCCCGGAGCCUAGUAUGAAUUAUCCAGAAGAAUGAAGCCUUCGGGCCUAUGUUUCAGCUUUCCAAAGUGAGGUUUCAUCUAAAGACCCAAAAACAUGAGGCUGUUUUUCCAGAUGUAUGGAACGUUGCAAGAAAUCCACUUGACCAUUCUAAAAUUCUAACCUAUUCCCUGGACUGCACACCGGCGUGAUCGAACCUUCCACAGUGAUAAACUGUCUGUCUGUUUUUCACCGGCUCAACAGAGAGGAUGGCGAAAACAGACGCGUAAGGAAAGCAGGUCCAUGAUUUCAUUGCCACGUUUCAUCUUAAUUUUUAUUUAACGAGCGAAGUUCGCAGUUGGCCAGUUGUAUUUUUUGCAAUGUAAUAAACGAUUAUCUGCACUUUUAA